GCUGACCAGGAAACACUUACUAUUUCUAAAAUAAAUAUUCUAACUUGUUCUAGCUCCCCUGAAUAUAGAACUAUGACUUCUCUGAGCUGAGGAUCCUUUAUGUUCUUUGGAACAGUCCAUCUUUACAGGUGUGAGGAGUGGAGGACUUUGUUCUUUGUCACCUCCUUCGGAGACUUCAGCUUUGCUAAGACAAAAAUUCUGCAAAUAUGACCCCUUCUCAAGUCACUUUUGAAGUAAGAGGACCAUCUGUGACAGGAGAAGUUUUUGCAAUAUGUGGGAACUGCAAUGUUUUGGGAAAUUGGAAUCCACAGGUUGCAGUAAUCCUCCAAAAUGUUGAUGGUGUAUGGAAAACAACUGUGAAGCUUCCUAGAGGAGUUCCAGUUCAGUAUCGAUAUUUUAAAGGGUACUUCUUAAAACCUAAGACUAUCGGUGGUCCCUGCCAAGUCAUAGUUCACACGUGGGAGACUCAUCUACAACCACGAUCAAUAACCCCUUUAGAAAAUGAAAUAACUAUUGAUGAUGGAUGCUUUGGAGUCCAUAAUGGUGUAAAAACUGUGGAUGCUGGCUGGCUGACAUGCCAAACAGAAAUAAGAUUGCGCCUUCAUUAUUCAGAAAAGCCACCUGUGUCGAUAUCUAAGAAGGAAUUUAAAACAUCAAGGUUUAGAGUAAAAUUGACUCUAGAAGGCCUAGAGGAAGAUGACGAUGAGGAAGAGGAAGAGGACCAAGAUAAAACAUCCCCUUCUUUCCCUCGGAAAAUGGCAAACACUCUGGAGAUCUCCUUAAUAAGUAACAAUGAAUAUAAAAGUCGACACUCUCAGCCAGAAUGUGGCUAUGCUUUACAGCCGGAUCGAUGGACAGAAUAUACUAUACAAACCAUGGAGCCUGAUAACUUGGAAUUAAACUUUGAUUUUUUUGAGGAACACCUGUGUGAGAAAGUGCUACAAGGAGAUGUGCUCCCAGGUCAUGUGGCUUCUGCCUGCCUCCUGUCAUCCACCAUUGCAGAACAGGGAAAGAGUGCUGGAACUCUUACACUUCCCAUCAUGAGCCGAAUUACAAGGAAGACAAUUGGGAAAGUUAGAGUGGACUACAUAAUUAUUAAGCCAAUACAAGGAUACACUUGCGAUAUGAAGGCUUCAUAUGCAAAGUAUUGGAAACCGAGAACAACUCUAGAUGUUGGGCACAGAGGAGCUGGAAAUUCUACAACUACGACUAAACUUGCUAAAGUUCAAGAGAACACUAUCGCUUCUCUGAGGAAUGCUGCUAGUCAUGGAGCAGCAUAUGUGGAAUUUGAUGUACAUCUUUCUAAAGAUCAUGUGCCUAUUGUAUAUCACGAUCUCACGUGUUGCAUGGCAAUGAAAAAGAAACUGGAUACUGAGCCCUUGGAACUGUUUGAGAUUCCAGUCAAAGAACUCACGUUUGAUCAGCUGCAGUUGUUGAAGCUGGCUCAUGUGACUGCCCUGAAAGUAAAAGAUCACAAUACAUCUUUUAAAGAAGAAGAAAACUUUGCUUUUGAGACCCAGCCAUUUCCUUCUCUGCAGACAGUCCUGGAGUCCGUUUCUGAAGAUGUAGGGUUCAACAUAGAAAUAAAAUGGAUCUGCCAGCAAAGAGAUGGACAGUGGGAUGGCAACUUGUCAACUUAUUUUGAUAUGAACCUCUUUUUAGAUAUUAUUCUAAAAACUAUUUUGCUAAAUGCUGGAAGAAGGAGAAUUAUUUUUUCUUCAUUUGAUGCAGAUAUCUGUACAAUGAUUCGGCAUAAGCAGAACAAAUAUCCCGUAUUAUUUCUCACUCAAGGAGAAUCUGAUUUCUAUCCAGAGCUUAUGGAUCUUAGAUCUCGCACAACUUCAAUUGCUAUUAUUUUUGCCCAGUUUGAAAACUUACUGGGAAUUAAUGUUCACUCCGAAGACCUGCUGAGGAAUCCAAUGUUUAUUGAACAAGCCAGAGCUAAAGACUUAGUUAUUUUCUCGUGGGGUGAUGAUGCAAAUGACCCGGAGAACAGGAAGAAGUUGCGAGAAUAUGGUGUUCACGGCCUAAUAUACGACAGGAUAUACGACUGGAACCCUGAACAACCCAACAUAUUCCAGGUGGAGCAGCUGGAACGCCUCAAGCAGGAAUUGCCGGAGCUGAAAAGCUGCGUGUGUCCCUCAGUCAGCCACUUCAAAUCCAUAUCCCUGUGCAAAUGUCGCCACAGCCGCCGGGAAGUGAAAGGUGUCGAUAACCUGAACAGCAUUCACGUCCCCGGUGAGCGAUCCUAGGCAGCGUGGCGCUCGGUGUCUGCCUGGUACUCGCCGCUGGAGCAGCGCUGUCGAUGCCUUCGGGAGGGUUUGUGUGGUCCCCGAAUAGCAAUAACCGCAUUCCUCCUUCCUGAAAAUCCACAUCCUGCACAAAAUGUCCAGCCACUUAAGAUUUUUUGUUCCAGUUUACAUAGACAGUUUUAACUUUUCCAUAAUCAAGUCUCAAAUUUUAAAACAGUAUUGGCACCAAAUAUUUUAAAGAAACCUUAUAAUGCAAGCAAUCUGAGGAGCAGAAGGCUCAAACUAAAUUGUAAAUACUAAAUUGUAGAGAAGUUACAAUGAUCUGAUACCGAAACCUCUGAAAAUUUGUCUUGGCUUUUAUCUGACUUCGAUACUAAUCUGACAACAGCAGAUUAAGGGCGUGAUUGUAAUAUAUGUGUAAUCAGAUCUGGCCUGAGUAAAUUGGUACCUCAUACGCAUGUAUUUGCACUGACAGAUCCAACUGUACAAAGCUUUGUGCCAUUUUAUAAAUAUUUAUAUAUAUUUUUAGGUAAACUGCAACGCACACGAACUCUUUUCUCCCCCUUGUUGGACAUUGAGGCUGCUGCCAUCGCUUUGUGGUUUGCCAAUCAGCAGAGUGCUUCAGUGUGAAGGGUGAACCCCAAGUAGGGCCUUUUCACUCAUCUUACCCAGGCCUGCUAAACUUCAGAAACAUUGCUGGUAACUUUUAAUAUUAGCAAAAGUACCAAAACACCUUCAGUGGUUAAGAAUCUUUUUUGCACAGUAUCUUUAAUAGAUAAAAUAGGUACCGUGCACAAACUUUGCAAAAAUGCAUGCUUUAAUUAUUAAGCGUGAAACUUUGGUGUUUGCAGAGGUCCUUACAGCUCCACGGUGCUAGUUAAGAGUGAGGGUGUGAGGACUAACUAAACUACAUCAUCCUCUUUGCCUAAAGCCACAAGCCUGCUGCUCGCACGCACCCGAGGAAAGGCAAAACCCUGUGGUUUGACUUAAGUCAUACAAGCCACUAGCUUUUGUAUUUUACAACACGUGAUUUUUCAGAGCAAGAGUCACCUGUGUACCGAGUUCAGGUCGGUAUUUGGACACCCAUCCUGACACCCAUCCUCCGUAAUUUAUUACAAGGUCGUAGUUUAGGACUCCUACUAGACCUAAGUGCAUGCCCCUUCUCCUCCCAAAGUUGCAGGUCCCGCCAACGCAACAGCUGUAACUUUCUACCGAAGUGUUAAUGUAUAAUAAGAAUGGAAAAUAUUUAUUUUAUUUUUCUCUUGUUGUAAAUUGACCAGGAAAACUACAGUGUAUAUUAUACUCUUUGUGUACAGUCACUGCUAGGUAGAACUGCCUGUGUAAAGAGUUUGGCCGUUGCAAACCGCUGCUCGGGCGGCCUGGGACAAGCUGCUGCUUUCACCUUGUCUCGUGCAUCUUAC